AGAGAGAGAGGCUUCCCAGCGCACUGACUGAAGGGGGAGUGUCAGCCUCAGUGUUGCUGCUGGGCUGCUGUUCAUUCUCACCGCUGUGAUUCAGGAUUACAGCAGCAAAGCAAGCGAAAAGGCCCACAAAUCACAAUACAUGUCUAUUCAGGAUUGUUCACAGUGAUGGUGAUGGGAACCAGACAUCCAAAGUGUUCAAUGCCUUUAAAGCUUCCUCACGAAAAGCUAGGAAAAUGCUUCACAGUGCUUCAGUGUUUAUGUUGACAUGCCCGUGUGAUCAAUGGACAGCUGCAAAUCAGGAAUGUUGAAGCCCAACAGCAUCUCAGACCAAAAAGGGUUAAAGACAGGACUUAAAAAGUCAUAAGACCUUAAACAAGGAGCUGAUUUAUAAAUACAGAGGAUGUUGCUAUUCAAAGCAACAAGUUUCCUAGAACACCUGGAUAUCAAAAUAAAAUAAGAAAAACAAUGCAAUGAGUCCAGCCCACUGAGCGCCACAACCAGCAUUCUCGGAGGAACCAUGGGUUGUGGAGGUUCUAGGACAGAUGCUUUGGAACCACGUUACUUGGAAAGCUGGACAAAAGAGACGGAAUCCACAUGGCUGACCAGCACGGAUGCAGACAUACCCCUGUCCUCGAUCCACAGCAUUCCCUCAGAGAACUCCUCAGAGGUUGGCUUUGCAUCCGAGAAAACCACCAAUCCGGAUAUCUUUGACGACGGCCUGCCAGCUCCCGCUCAGGCCUAUCUGAAGGUGUGUUCUGCCAUGUCCGAGGCUGGUCUCAAUGAUGUCAAAGCUGGUGGUCCUCCUUCAGUAUUAACCUCCGAAGACCAAGAAGGACUGUCCUCUCCUGGCACCACAGUGCAGAGGAGAAGUGUCUUAUGCACUGAGGAGAUUACCAAGUGGCAAGACAACCGAAUGUCUACCAAGCAGGUGACCAUCACUGUAACUCAGAGCAUUCGUCAAGUGGACAAGAGUGGAAAGAUCAAGGAGAAGUCCCACACUACCUGCGAGGUCAUGAAACCUCGGGACAGCUUGAAGGAAGUUGCAAUGGACUCUCUUCUGAAAUGAGAACGAUAACCGAGACGGCAGCUCAUGUGGGCUGACAUCUGUAGGUCUUCUGCCUUGUGAAAACUGUGAUGAACAAUAGGUACCAUGGACCAAAGAAGGACAGAAGGCAGGUCUGAACUGAAUUCUAAGGAGGAUUCAUCAGGCCUGUGGUUAGCAAUGUGGUCUCAACUGAAAACUUUAAAUUUUGGUGGUCAGUUUAUCCUGUAAUUCACAUGUUCGUGCGCUUUUAUGCAUCCUUACACUUUGCUGCUGCUUUACUGUAACAGUGGUAGCUGACUGUCAUUUAAAAUAGUUUGAUAAGGAUGUUGUAAAUGCCAGUUUUAUAAAAGUUGAAAAAAACAGGGUACAUAUGGGACAAUCAAAGGAAUACACCUGAAGACCUCUAAAACUAAUUUUAUGAUGCAUCUUCUUUCUUCUUCUUCUGGCUGCUCCCUUUAGGGGUCGCCACAGUGGAUCAUCUGCCCUAUACACUGCCUCCUCUACUUUUACACCAACCAUCUCCAUGUCCACCUUCACUACAUCCAUAAACCUUCUCUGAGGUCUACCUCUUCUCCUUCUAUAAUUUUUAUAAUUUUAUGAUGCAUCCAUCUGCAAAACAGAUUAAAGAAAUGGCUUGGUUUAAAUUUACUUAUUUUCUUAACUGCAUCAUUAUUUUAACUGGCGAACACAUUUUGCACCUCAAAUACUGAACUGUGCUAAAGUCAGAAACCUUGUAUUUAAUUUCCAGUCAAAACGUAUUCAUUUUUUUUUAUCAUCAGAAAAGAGCAACCAUUUAACAGAAAACACUGAAGUCAAGAAUAUCAUAUUUUCAGUACUUAGUGUGUUCACUCAUUCUCUUUAUUACAGCUUCUAUUUUCUUGCUUUCAAUAUUUCAAAGAAAUAUAUGAGGAUAUUGUUUCACAGCUUCAAAGUUCAGUCUUAGUAUUUGGUUGCUUAUUCUGCUUCUUUUAAUCCAAACAAAUCAUGUCGAGGUCUGGACUCUGGGGUGGUCAGUCCAUUGUUCUGAGAACACCAGCAGCUUCUUUGGUUGAUUUGCAAGCUAUUUCUCCUCAGUAACGGCUUCUUGACAGCUACACAGCUUUUCAGACUCAGGCUUCUCAUAGUGGGAGCAUGGACAGAGAGAAACACCUUUUUUCAGCUCUGAAGUAAGAGUGGAGCAUGAUAUUCUCCUCUCUCUCAAAGAUGAAAACUUUAAAUACUGUUUAUCUGAUGUUGACAGUUAUUUUCCUUCGACAUUUCCUUGUUUAUGUAAGUGAACUACAUCUAAUCUCUUGAACAAUGAAUAACUUCUACUUAAUAACCAUUUUGACCAGAAAUUAUAUAAAUGAAGGGGGAUGACUUUUAUUCAGCACUGCAUGUGGGAGUACCUCUUGAUGCUUUGACAAUGUUUUCAAAAAAGAGCAAAAGCCAUCUUAAUGAGGGAUGUAUGAAUCAAGCCAAAACAACAACAGUUUGACUAUUCAUGACUUCUGUCAGAACAUUAUAGCACCACGCUGUGCUCACUUCACUUCACAAAUGCUGUUGAACAGAAAUUCUAUUUUUUAACUUAAUGUUCAAUGCUUAAGUUUUCUAAGUUGAAAUUUGUGUUUUAAAUGUUGUGUUAAUGAGAUCCAAAGGUUUGUGUUGUGCGUUCUCAGUAGUCCUUUUUGCUGUGUUUACUACAAAUGAGAUCAUGUGCUUUGACCAGCUCAGAGUGAAAAGAUAUUUGUCUAAAAGCCUUAAAUCAAGUUAGCUAGCCUCCUAUAAAUCUGGCAUGCAUCUGUUAGUAAUUUGUUGAUUGUGUAUGAACUGACCUGAAAUUCAAUGUUACAAAUGGAACCAUCUAUAGAAUACGCUCAAUCUUUUACAAUGGCUUCAUGUCAGAACUUUACAGGUGGUUAAUGAAGGUAUUUCUGUCUAUUCAAAUGAAUUUGUAUCAAGUAAAACAAACUAAAUAAGUCUGAUUUGUCCAAUAAAAGCAAGUGAAUCACA